AUGUCUAUUUCACCAAUUAUUACUUUUAAGGCGGGGAAGUGUGAAAUCGAUACAUCAAGUACACCUCACAAAGUUAAGCCUGAAGCAACUCCAGGUUAUAUCUACCUUUGGUCCGAAGAUGAUUUAAUUCAUUUCCAAUGGCGAGAAAGAAGCAAACGUAUGGAUGAUGAGGAUAACAUGGAUCUACUUUUACCACCAACCGACGCCAUUUUCCAACCUUAUGAUUCCAAUCAAACCACUGAACCAACCGCAAAAACCAAUGGCCGCAUAUUCGUUCUUAAAUUUUCAUCCUCUUCCCAAAGAUAUCUUUUCUGGAUGCAAUCAAAACCACAAGCGCGAAAUGGAGAUGCAAGUUGGUUUAGUCCCAGGGACUUGAAGAUUGGACAAAUUGUGAAUUCAUUGUUACAAGGAGAUGAAGUCGAUGUCGAACAGGAAAUCGCACAAGUCAGAGGAGAUGACGGAGGAAAUGACGACCAAGACGAAACGAUGGAGGACGUUGAGGGUCAUGGUGAUUCAUCCGAACACCAAGGUGGAAGUGGAGGUGCAGGUGCAGGUGCAGGUGCAACUGGUGGAGAUGUUAGGGAAGAAGGAGCUAGCUCAAGGGAGGCCGGAGCUGAUGGUGGAAGAGCUGCUGGUUCAGGGCCAUCAGAUGCUGCCUCAGUUGUUCAAAACUUUCUCAAUUCAUUGAAGGGUCCUGGGGGAGCUGGCAUGCAACAACAAUCCCAAACUCAAAUGUACACUACUUUACCGGACCUUUUACCAAAUACGGUAACCAUUCCAUCGAUCGACGCUGCAACCCCAGCUCAAGUGGAUAAUCUCCUUAGCUAUCUUCCACCAACUAUCCUACAACUUGCACAAGAAUCCGCAUCGUCCCUCGAAGGAAUGGCCGACGCAACUUCCGCGACUGCAAACGCUGCCAUGGAGGCUUUGAGCUUGGACCAGAAGAAGUCGGUAUUGAAGAGAGUAGUUCGAAGUCCACAAUUUCAUCAGAGCUUAGGAAGUCUGACUAUGGCGAUUCGAGACGGUGGCUUGCCUAGUAUUGCGGAUGCGUUGGGAGUUGAGUUAAAGAAUAACGGUUUAGUAAAGGGAGGAAGUGUUCCACUAGGAGGUGGCGAGGCAGUCGAGGCAUUUGUCGAGGGUGUUAAGAAGUCGGUAGAGAAGAAAUGA